UGGUGUUUCGCGUGAAUGUUUUAUCCGAUACCGGAUUUGCAUGAUUUUGAUCACAGACACACCGACACAUACUUGGAAGGAUGUAUCGUGUAUAAAAGCCCGCAACACGGUGUGUUAUAUCGUCAUUCAGUUUUGUACCGUCCUGGAACAGGCCAUUCUACCAGUUUAAACAAUAUGUUCUACUUACUCCAGUUACUGGCAUGUCUGACCGUGGCAAGUGGCCACACCUUCGACACCGUUUACUCGUGGAAGCAGGUCGAAUACAAACUCCCAAAUGGCAUCAUCCAAAACGGGUUCAUAGCAUCCGGCGAUUAUAUCCCGGAGAAUAACAUGCCAUUGGGUUUGGCCGUUUGGCACAAAAAAAUGUUUGUCACUGUGCCGCGUUGGAAAAAAGGCGUUUUAGCUACCUUGGCCAGCUUCUCGUUGAACGACAACUCGUCCAGCCCGACCUUGGAACCAUACCCCGAUCUGAAGACUAACGACAUCCAUUCGCCCGAUGGCCUCGUGAGCAUCUUCCGUGUUAGAAUCGAUGCCUGCGAUCGCAUGUGGGGCCUCGAUACAGGAGUGGACGAUAUUCUAGGGGAUGCGAAAGUUGUGCGACCGAUGAGGCUCAUCGUGAUCGACUUGAAAACAAAUAUGAUUAUCCGCAAAUAUACUCUGAAGAACACGGACGUGAAGCCCGAUACUUUCAUCGCUGACCUCGUGGUCGACGUGCCACCUGGACAGUGCGACAAAGCGUACGCGUACAUGAGCGACUUGACCGAAUAUGGGAUAGUGGUGUACAGCUGGGAGAAGAAUGACUCCUGGCGUAUUAAUCAUCACUUCUUCCACUUCGACCCGCUGCAUAGUGAUUACAAUAUCAGCGGCUACAACUUCCAGUGGUCCGACGGUAUCUUUGGACUGUCUCUGUCGCCGAUCCGUUCGGAUGGUUAUAGAACGCUUUACUUUCACGCGAUGUCCGGCAUCACGGAGUUCUCUGUGUCCACGGACGUCCUGCAGGACGACACGCUGAAGAAGUCUGACGAGUACCACAAUUUCCAUGUUGUUGGUAACAAAGGGCCGCUGACUCAAGGGCCGUCCUCCGUCAUCGACCCGGAAACGUGUAUUGACUAUUUCACUCAGGUGAACAGAAACGGCAUUGCAUGCUGGGAUACCAAAACCGAAUUAACUCCGGAAACAUUCAAAUUGGUGGCGCAGAACAACCAGACGUUGGUAUUCCCUCAAGACCUGGCUGUCGACAAUAUGUCUCGAAAGAUAUACGUUCUUUCGAAUAAUUUGCCGAGAUUCAUCCACGACCGCUACAAUUCGUCCGAGCCGAACUUCUUCAUUACCUCGGCCGAUCUCGACAAAUUGGCGUUCAUGUGCGAACGCGAUCCGAUGUCAAUGAAGCCGAGCCAGCAAGACUACAUGAUAUUUCCCGACUCCUCUUACUAACAAGAUAGGAAACGAUGCAACGCACGGAGAAAACUAAAAGAUUUCACUGCCGCAGCUAAUUGUGAUUUGCUGAUGAUGUGUCUGUUACAGUAAUUAAAUAUUCGCUGCUGCAAAAUCAAAAGUUUGUUACUGUUGCUGCUACAUCGGUCUCAUAACUAAAUAUAUAUCUACUGAUAGCUAUGCUUUUAGAUAUCCACAUGUUACAACGAGAUUUAGACUACUACAUUAAGAUUCUUGCAACGAAAUUUCUUCUGUCCGAGCAAAGCAUACAUUAUAGAUUGUGUUUCACAAUUGCAAUAAUGAAGGCAUAUCAACGUUCUCUUCUCUCUCUUUCUCUCUCUUUCUUUCUCUCUUCUAAGUAUUUUAUAUUAUAGCUUGGAAAUAUAACAAUAAAUAUGCUUGCAUUUUC